CUGCAAUCGCCCGCGUUCUCCACACUCAAGAUGCAGCUGCUGUCGGUGCUUUUGAGCCUCACUGCCAUGGCAUCGGUCGCCAACGCACGGGGUCUGCGCCAGGACACGGCCGCCGAGUGUGUCUCGCGCUGCCAGCGCGCCGCGUCCACGGAGCGCGAGGAGUUUUGCGCCUCGUACCGCAACCAAGUCCCGCGCCCGACGCUCUUCAACCGCUGUGUUGACGCCUACGCCAACGCGAUUACUGUCGGCUGCGACCUCUGCUACGAUCCGUCCAAGUACCUUAGUUUGCGCAGCAACGCAUUCCACUACUGCGACAAGUGGGGCCGCGGCCACCCCCAUUCGUACAAGGCGGCGUGCGAGGCGUCGUACCUGCACGCAGUCAACUCGAUCGAAGAGUACCUCAAUGCAAACGACCUCCUCUCGCUCGAGUCGCUGCAAAUCAUGCCCACCGAGCGCCAGCUGGACGCCGACGUCGAGUCGGCCGAGUCGAUCGUCGAGCGCCAUCUCCGGGAAGCGCGUGCCCAAGCCCAGGAGGAAGCUGCUCGCCAAGAUCGGUUCGACCGCCACUUGUGAGCUUGGCGACGGUCAACUCAGAAAGAGAGGGAUCAGAAAUCGUAGGAUAAUAGGAAUAAAAUCUAUAUUUUGUACUCAAGG